AUGGGGCUCAACUCGACCCCCUCAUCUGCCUUUACCGGUGUCAUCAUCGGCCUCGUCUCCUCAUUCGGCUCCAUCAUCCUCAUCGCCCUCGUCAUCUUCAUCUUCUGGGUAUCGGGCUGCGCAAACACCGGCCGCAUCAUCCUCGACCGUCUCGGCCGCCCCGGCGAAUACGACGAUGAGCAAGCCUUCGCCCGCGACGAGGCUGAAGCCCUCGAGUCCAUGGACGACAUGGCCCGUCAGGAAUAUCUUCGAGCAAAGGCCUACGUCACUGCGAAUCCCGCCGAGUCUCUCCAAACCGACAUAUCGCUCUCCCAAUACCUCGCCAUCCAGGAAAAGGGCGUUUCCGCCUGGGAAUUCGAGCCCGAGCUGGAAAUCGCAAACUGCUUCGUCGAGGGUCGCACCGAGAUUGAGUUCUUCGACUCCGAAUGUACCGUCAUGAGCAACCUCCCGGUUCCCAAGCAAAACGACGUCUACUACUGGGAGGCCAAGAUCUACGACAAACCCGAAAGCACUCUCCUGAGCAUCGGCAUGGCUACAAAGCCUUAUCCUCUCUUCCGGUUACCUGGCUACCACAAGUACUCCGCUGCGUACCAGUCCACCGGUUCCCGUCGCUAUAACCAACCAUUCAACGGAACCCCGUACGGCCCGCAACUAGUCCAGGGCGACGUUGUUGGCGUCGGAUAUCGUCCCCGCACCGGUGCCAUCUUCUUCACCCGCAACGGCAAGAAACUCGACGAGGUAGUCCACGGCCUCAAGGCGCAAAACUUCUUCCCAGCCAUCGGCGCCAACGGUCCCGCAGUCGUCCAUGUCAACUUUGGCCAAGCCGGCUUCGUUUUCAUUGAGGCCAAUGUUAAGAAAUGGGGACUGGCUCCCGUCACUGGCAGUUUGGCUCCUCCGCCCCCAUAUGGCUCCGAGCAGGGUAGUAUUCUGUUGGAAACCGGGACCAAGGAUGGCUAUACCUAUCCUCAAGGCCGAGGGCACAGCCAUUCGAUCACUGCCGGUUCCUAUAGCACUCGCAACCCGACCAACAACACCGGGAACAGCAACAACCUGAAUCCCCAGCAUGGGCGGUCACGUAGCGGCAACUUUCGCAUCCUCCCUCCGAUGAGCCCCGGGCCGGUUAGGAGCCCAACCGACAUCUCAUUAGCACGCUUCGUCCCUUCUGAAGAGAGUGGUGAAGCUAGUAACAUCAUCAGCGCUCAGCAAGAAACGCACGACCACAAUCCUUUACACCUACAACUCGAAGAUGCGACAAAUCCUCCUCCGGAAUACCAGAGCCCGAACCACUCGGACGACGAGGGUGGCCGGCGAUAUAGUACCGACAGCGAGGAGAACACUCCCCUUAUCCGAGUCCUGAACCGAAGCCGAGGCAACUCUGCAGCCACCGUCAUCGCCACACGCCAGAGUCAAAAUCGGCAUAAUCCACCUGUUCCCAGCUAUAGCGACGCGAUGCGACAAGGUGCCGGGCGAAAUAGGAGCGAUAGUGCAGAGCCAAACCAAACAGAUGAAUCUACCGACUCAGAAAGCAGCGGCGAUGGGUCCAUCUGA